AUGGAGGACCAUCAAAGAUUAGCAAAUAUUGUUAGAUUGGCACGUCGUGUACCAUUAGCAGAGGCGGCCGCAGAAGAUAUUGAUAACAUUGCAUCGAUAUUGAAAAUGGCGGUACCAGAUCGAGUUAUUAUGGGUAGAAGUUCUACAACGACGUCUUCUACAUCGUCAAGUACUUGUGCUGCAGAUGAUACUUCCGCUGCUUGUGAAAAGCCAAUUGGCCCUUCGGCCUAUACUUUGCCCGUCAUUUUAGGUAUCGUUAUUCCUGUCGCUGGCGCCAUCAUUCUGUUUACAAUUCUACAACGAAGAUAUACGAAGAGGGCCAGGGAAGAAGAUGCAAAUGAUCCAACUAAAAACAUGGACUUUGGUAUGGGUAGAAUUUCGAGAACUGCUGGUGGAGAAUCAAGCAUCUCAAACUUCGAUGAUGAAAAGGGAGAUUCUGGAAGACCGCGACAAAUGUCCUUGGAUUUAGGAGGUAAAAGUCCAUACUUGCUACCACCGGAACUACAAGAUUCUAGGGAAAGCCUUCACUCACUCUCCAAAACCAUCCAUCAAAACGAAGAUCCUUAUCGACCAGUACAUGAGGCUGUCGGAGCUGCUUCUAUCCGCUCCAAACAAGGUCGAAAUGGAUCUUCCAUCCUGUCUGCGUCAACCGUUGCUCCUUCCGGAAUGAAUGAUACUGGUUCACCAGAUGGACAAGGACUCCUAUCGAAUGCUGCUGCUAUGUCACGAACAACUCCACCUACUGCUGGCUUUAAUCCACCCCCAAGGUCAAACUCUAUUCCACCUGCAAAGAUGCCAGAGGAACCAAGACAAUCUCCAGAACAAAAUGUUGACAAGAAAGGUCCACCAGGUAAUUUCCGUCCCCAAAAUGGUUUUUCUUCUACCAGGUCCAUUCCAAUGCCUUUUCUGGACUGGGAAUCUUAUGCUGGAAAUCAAUAUGGUGCGAUCAGAUAUAGUAACAAUUACCUAGGCUCUUCAAUCACCUCUAAUCCAUCCGCUGCUGCUCCAACUGGCCCCGCUGAACCAAAGCCAACCACGACUCGCAAGGCACCUCCUCCGGCAAUUAACACUUUACCACCUAUGAAUCCAAAACCAGAGCAACCAAGGCCACGACAAUCCGAAAUCAGUGAUUAUGGUGAUGGAAUUGAGGUUACACCACCAUCCCCCGUCCGUAUAAUGAUCAACAACAAGGCAAACCGAUACUCUAUGGAUGUUCCACCGGAAGAAUUUGCUCAAGCUGGUUUGGGAGCUCCUGGAUUUGAUCCUAAAAGACUUUCCAUGGGUUUCCGACCUUUGCCUCCUGAUGCUCCAGCUGAUGCUGCCGAAGAUCCUGAAACUCGUGCCAACAGAAUUCGAUCAUUCUACAAGGAAUACUUUGAUGACUCUAAACCAGCACCACAAGGUCAAUACAUUGAGGAUUACAACGCGCACUAUCCUGGUCCAGGUGAUUCUACUUACUUUGAUCCCGCUACCAACAGCUUCGUCUUACCAUACGCUGAACCUAUUGCCCGCCGUGCUAUGACACCACCUCCACGUGCAACAAGAUUCCAAGGAGCCCCACCACGUUCAAUGCAUGGUUCAAUGGGUGGUGCUUCAAUCCGUGGACCUCCUAGAAUGCCAUUCAAUGAAGGACCAAGAGCAUCCUCAUCCGCGUCUCAACGUGGUCCUAUGCCAUCUCCAAAGAAGAACUUACCUCCUCCUGAAGCACUUACUUCUUUACCUACUCCAUCCAAGCUCAAGGAUGAUUCGUUUGCUUUACUCAACACGCUCGACUUCGCUCCUGAAUUAAAUGUCCGUGAUCGUGUUGCUGGUCGAUCUGAAAGUCCUUUCGGUGAAAGAAGACCAUAUUCACCAGCAGUUCCAGCAUUUGCACCCAUCAUCGGAGCAUAUGAUGAACUUGCUGCAAUGCCAAGCCCUCACAUGUUCAGAAAAUCUGGUACAUUUACAUCCCUUGAUUUCGCUCCACCAAGAAGAUUCAGGGAUCCAGAAAAUAUGAGUGAUGCUGGUAGCAUUCGAAGUAACAACAGUGGAAUCUCAUCAGUUCAAGCAAAUGCUAUCCGUAAUGGAGCAUACCGCAUCAGUAAAAUUCCUCAAGAUAUCGUCUUUACUAAGGAUGAUUUGGCUGCGACAUUGAAACCUGAAUGGGGUAUGCGUCAAGGCAUGUGA